AUGUUAAGAGUAGAAGAAGAUCUCCACGAGAGCAUGAGAGAACAGCAGGCAGCCAGCCUAGGAACAACAAUAAUGGCGGUGAAGUUCAAAGAUGGAGUUCUGCUAGGGGCAGAUACAAGAACAUCCAUGGGCACGUACGUUUCCAACAGAGUGAGCCGCAAGAUAACAAAGCUCAUAGACAACGUGUACACCUGCAGGUCAGGCUCAGCAGCAGAUACCCAGGCGAUAUCUGACUAUGUGCAGAAGAUCAUGCUCACAGGAAUACACUGCCACGGCCAAAAGCCCCUCGUGAAGGAUGUAGCUGUUGCCCUGAAAAAGAUCGUAUGGGAUGCAACGGACAAAAACAUCACAGCUGGAUUUAUCGUUGCAGGAGUGGAUGAGACAGGAGGCCAUGUCUUCUCCGUGCCUCUGGGCGGUGCGCUGAUAGAGCAGAAUUGGUCAAUCGCAGGGUCAGGAUCAAUUUACAUAACGGGGCUUGGUGACAGCCAGUACAAAGAAGACAUGACAAAGGAAGAGGCAGUUGAGUUUGUGCGGAAAAUGGUUUCUCAUGCCAUCUACAGAGAUAACUCAUCGGGAGGGUGUGUAAGAAUGCUGGUUAUAACAGAAGCAGGCACUGAGGAGAUAACUGUGCUCGGAGAUGAAGUAUCGGUUUAG